AUGGCUUCAGCCCAUCAUAAUGCUGUUCGCUCCAGGCAAGCGUCUCAUAGCUCAGCUUCGGCCGUGGAGGAAACAAUGGAUCACGACUCUCCUGCUGGGGGUUUUGAUGACACGCCCAUUCCCGAUGCUCCGCCUGGGUUCACCCUCAAAUUCACCAUUCAUCGAGCCCAGAAUCUCCCUUUGGGCGACUUUGGCUCCAUGUCCUCAGACCCUUAUGUACUUUUGAUUCUCAACACGGAUCUGGCCCGCCGCCACCCCCAGGAUCCUGAUAUAACUUUUCGCACCCCUACCAUCAGGAAGGAUAUCAAUCCGGUUUGGAACUGCGAGUGGAUCGUCGCCAACGUACCGGCGUCUGGGUUCCACCUGAAGUGCCGGGUAUAUGAUGAGGAUUUUGCCGACCACGACGAUAGACUGGGUACCGCAUACAUCGACGUCGAUGGCAUCGAUGAGAAUUGGAGCGGCUUCAAAGAACAGCAUUUUAAGGUUAGGAAAAAGACUGGCAGUAAUAGGGCGUAUUUGCUACGGUCCAUAGCAGCAACCUGCUCCAAGAACUUCAGCGUUAAAGGAGAGCUUAUCGUCAGCGUCGAAUGUCUGGGUAAGACCCCAGGCGAUCAAGGCGGACAUAUGUAUACCAUCGGCCCCAACUAUUGGACCCGUCAUUUUUCUCCCAUGAUUGGGAGGUUGGUGGGAACAAAGGAUUCCGUCCAACCGGGGACAGGCAAAAAACCUAUCACCAAAUAUAACUUUCAAGCAAUUCAAAUUCAGUUGACGGGACCCGUACCUUGGAGACUGUAUCAUCGAUAUGUCGAAUUUAAACCGUUUGUUGCCGGGAUGUUUAACGGCCAGAGUAUACGUGGACGCCUCCUGAACCACGCCCUGCACCAUCAACACGCUAGAAUAUACAAUUUCGAUCGAUCCACCAUGCAUGGCAUGUUCCCCUCGCCAUGUAUCGAACUCGCGCAGCAGUUCCUGGAGUUUGUGCACUACGAUCAAGGCGGUAGAAUUUUCACUUAUGUCCUCACAUUGGAUGGGCAGUGGCGGUUUACCGAAACAGGAAAAGAAUUCGGAAUCGACUUACUGAGCAAACACACUAUGCAUAGUGAUGUAUCUAUAUAUAUCGCUUAUUCUGGCGAGUUCUUCGUCCGUCGAGUACAUCAUCACCACCACCACCACCAUCACAAUCGCCGUCACAGUCAUAAAGAGAAAGCCAUUGAUUCAAUUGUGCCUGAUGGUGGAAACAAACAAACCGAUGCAGCUCCUAACAGAUCACAAGAUUCUGUGAUUGUUUCAAUUGACCCUGCAGAUUAUGAGCUUGUAAUAGACAAUGAUAGCGGAACAUACCGACCAAAUGCAUCUCUGCUGCCAUUACUGAAGGAGUUCUUGGAGAAAAAUUUGCCAGGACUUAAGAUAACCACCCUGGAUUGCCAAAAAGAUGCAGAGGAAAUGAAUAAAUUGAAAGAAGAGCAAAGAGAGCGGAAGAAAGCUACCGGCAGGCACAUUGCGUAUCUCCAACGACGAGUAAGCUCGUCAUCAUCGUCAAUCUCGAGCUCUGAUGAGGAAGAGCUCGAGCAACGAAUGGGCCAAGCGCCAAAACAUAAGAACCCACUUGCCCAAAAGCUUCACUGGAUGAUGGACCCCAAAGCGAGAUAUAAAGAGUGGGUGGUUACGGGCCAUGUAGGCCGAUCCCCUGUGGCAGAUGAACAUUUUCAAUCCUGGCCGAUGGAUACACAACAUCACCCCGAAACUGGAGAAGCGUCCCGGCCCGCACAGCCGCCCCAGCCCGCAAAUAAUUGA